UGUGUGUGUGUACGCCUCUCUCUCUCUCCCUUUAUUACUCUCUAUAUUUAUAACGUGCUGCCGGUUUUUGCACAACAACAACAAACAAGAACACCCAAAACAACAACAACAGAAACAACAACUUGUUUGACCCUUCCCCUUGCGACCCUUUCAAGUAAACAGGAUGGAGCGAAAAUUCACACGCGGCUUGAAUAAGCUCGGCUCGGCGGUGCAAAUGCGAGAGAACGUGUCCCAGUUGGUGCGUGAGAGCGCUGUUUUGAAUAAGCCUCUGGUGGUGGAGCCGAUCGACUUCGAAGCCUUUAUAGCCAAAAAUAAAACUGUUAUACAGAAUGAUCCGCAGAGGGAGCUGCUCAUCUAUCCGGCUGAUGAUGUUUCGGAAAUCAUCAUGCCCCGGAAACAGCGUUCCAACGCCAAAACAGUGGCCGACAGAUUCGAGCCUCCCAACGAGGCGAUCGUGUGUCCCCUCCACGGUCCUCCCAUAAUUGGCAAUGGAAAUGGCAAUGGUCACAGCCAGGUGAGCCGGCAGGGCAGCAUUCAAUCCAACGGAAGUCUCCACAACGGGAAUGGCUCGGCCACCAAUGGCAAUGGGAUCAGCAGCAGCCAAAGUAGUCUUACCAACUCGAAUGGCCAUGGCCAGUUAUCGCGGAAGAGCUCCCAGUGCUCGAAUGGAUCGACUAGUCACAAGGAUUCCUCCUACGAAUCGGCUCUAUCCUCGAUGACCAUUCGCUCCCACUUGGCCCAGCCGGAGGAGGUGGAUGAGUUUGCGGAUGCGGAUGGGAACGGCGAGGAUUUGGUGGAUGGCGCACAUACUCAUGGCUCCAGGGCGGAGUGCACCCGGUUCACGCGACAGGCCUUAUACACCUAUAGGGCCAAGAAUCAUUUGAUUCAUUACAAAUACAAUGCCUACGGUGGUAAUUGUCAUGAUUUGCCCAGUGUUUCCCCCCCGGAAGAACUGCUGGAGGAGGUCUACGAAAUCGAUGCCGAUCAGGAUCGCAUUGAUGAGCAAAUGACCCGCUCGCAGGCUGACACCAUCACCAAACAGGGCUACCUUUUAAAAGGACCCGACUCCGCCUCAGAUCGCAUGUUUGCCAAUAUUGGCAACAAGUCCUUUAAAAGGCGUUAUUGCUACUUGAGGCAGGAGAUCGACGGCACAUACAUCUUGGAGCUCCACAAGGACGAAAAGCAGGGCGAGGCCAAGGCAACCAUAGUUAUGGAUUUCUGCACAGAGGUAGUGCAGAAUCCCAAACGCGGGCGCUUUUGCUUUGAACUCCGCAUGACAGCUGGCCAUAAAUCCUUCACCCUGGCCGCCGAAAAUGAGCAGGACUUCAAGGACUGGCUAAGCAAGCUGUCCUCUGUGUUGGCCCAAAAUCGAGCCCAGGAGGAGAAGCGUAAUGCCUCGCUGGAGCGUCAGCCGUCGGCCAACUCCAAUCCCAGUCCUCAGCUGCAGCCACCAGCUGCCGAGCCCAUUAUCUUUGGCACUUUAAAGGGCUUGGAUCAGUCGCUGCAUCCCCAGCUGAUGAAGUAUGGACGCGAGACAGAUCACUCCAUAGCUCUGGCUAGGAGGGAGCAGCGUCGCCGUCUGUUUGCCUGCUAUCAGUCCCCAGCCAAGUCCAGUGGCAGUGACAACGUGGAACAGUACCGCGAGCACUUUGGCACUAGAUUGCUGUUGACCUGCCAUAACCUGCGCUUCCGGAUGCAAUGUGUUCCCCAGGACGAGGGGUCCUCCAUGUCCAGUGAACAGCAAGUGGAGCCCUACAUCACCAGUUUGUCCCUGUUCGAUGCCAAAGCGAAUCGCAAGCUCAGUGAGAACUUCUACUUUAAUGUCAACGAACAGUGGGCAGCUCAGCUGCUGCCCAAUAGCCCAGUUCCUGCCUCAGUGGCCGGAUGUGGAGUUCCUAGAAAGUCCACCGAGGGGGAUGAACGAAGCUCCGCCUGCCAGGCACCACACUCCCUCUUCGAUGGAGUCUCUGCGGAGUUGCUCCGCGCAAAUCGCCAGCAGUUCCAGCAACUGAGGCAGUGCCUCCUCUCGGUGACAGCUCCCCAUGCGGAUAUCUAUCUGGUGGUUAGGAUCGAGAAACUGCUGCAGUGCGGCAUAGCUCAGGCAGCGGAGCCCUACCUGAAGGCCGGCAAGGAUCCCAAGCUGGGCCAAAAGGUCUACAAGGCGGCCAAGAGCUGUGCCCAGCACAUUGGACACUACCGGCAGCCCUUCGCCUGGGCCGCCCGUCCCUUGUUCAAGCAGUACAGCCACGAACUGGACGUGGAUCCCCACAAGGAGUUCGAGUUCAGUCCCAUUUACAGGCAGGAGCUGCCCAAGCUAAAGGACGAAGAACUCCUAAAGCUCCUGGUGGACUAUCGCAAGCCGGAAAAACUAAGCAAGCUGACCAUCAUUCCGGGCAGCCUGAAGAUGCAGAUGCAGUUCCUGGACCAGAUCACACCUUGUGGCCUAACCAAGUCCCUGGCUCCGCUAUCCACGUUCAAUCCAAACUCCAAGCAUCCUCCCACGAUCGAGUUGGCAGAGUUCCAGAGCCAGAGCGAACGGGAGGCUCAUCCCUACACCAGUUUCUGCAAUCACCUGUAUGUGUAUCCUUUGAGCUUGCAGUUCGAUAGCCAGAAACUGUUCUCGAGGGCCAGAAACAUCACUGUGGUGGUGGAGCUACGAGAUGGCGAUGGAGAAUACAGCAAACCAUUGAAGUGUAUCUAUGGACGUCCUGGUCAGGACUUGCUGGUGUCCCAAAUAGCCUGCCCUGUACUGCAUCACAAUGUCACACCCACCUGGUACGAGGAGAUCAAACUGCGUCUUCCCCUGGGCCUGUUUCCCGAGCACCAUCUGCUCUUCUCCUUCUACCAUGUGUCCUGUAAUCUCAGCAAGAAACGCGAUGCCCAUGCAGCUUUUGAAACACCCAUUGGCUAUGCCUGGUUGCCGCUGCUGCAGAAGAAUAGGAUCUGCCUGGAGGAGCAACUGCUUCCGGUGGCUGCCACUCUGCCAGUGGGCUAUCUCUCCAUUCAACCCCUCGGAUGGGGCAAGGGGAAUUGCGGCCCGGAUAUCCAAUGGAUUGACAAUCAGAGGAAUCUCUACACGGUGGCACUGCGGUUGGAUUCCACGGUCUUGACGGCGGAUCAGCACUUGCACAACUUCUUCGCCCACUGCGAGAGACUGCUGGAAGGUGGCAAGACCGGAGCUGUGCCGGCAGAGACGGAAACCUGCAAGAUUCUGAAAGCGGCCCAUGCCAUUGAUAUGAAGUCCUUGAUAAACUACUUACCCACAUUGCUGAAUGAGCUGUUUACCCUGCUGGUUCACACACAGUCGGAGGAAAUCGGCUUGAAUGUCAUCCGGCUGCUGACGAAUAUCAUCCAUCUGAUCAGUGACCAGGCCAAGAGACCCGACCUCCUGGCCGCGUACGUUAAGUUUGUGUUCCACGCCCCGUACUACAGCCAGCAAACGGCCAGGCAAAGGACCGUUCAUGGAGAGCUCUGCAGACACCUGCCGUACCUCCUGAAUCCCAGCAACCCCGACUUCCUGAUAGUCAACAAGUUCAUGCGGUACUCCUCCAUAUUCUUCGAUUUGAUUGUGAAGAGCAUGGCCCAGCAUCUGCUGGCCACCGGCAGGAUUCGAAUGCUGCGAAACGAACGCUUCCCCAAGGACUAUGCCGAUCGGGUGGAGCAGCUCAUCAGGGUGCUGAUGUCCUAUAUCACCACACGCUACGAGGAUCUGGCGGAGGAGACCAACAUCCUCAACCGCUCCCUGGCGCACUUUGUGCGUCAGUGUCUGACUUACAUGGACAGAGGAUUCGUGUUCCGGUUGAUACGCUGCUACAUGGGCGAGUUCUCGCCGGGAAACCCCAGGAUACUCCACGAGUACAAGUUCAACUUCCUGCAGGAAAUAUGCCAGCAUGAGCACUAUGUGCCCUUGAAUCUGCCGUUUGUCCUAAAUCCGAAGAACAAACCCCCGGAGAUGAUGCAACACUUCACGCUGUCGGAACAGUUUUGUCGCCAGCACUUCAUCUCGGGGCUGCUGCUCCAGGAACUGAAGAGCAGCCUCAACGAAGUGAGCCCGGUGAGACGACAUGCCCUGGGAAUCUUUAAGGAUCUGCUGGCGAAGCACGAACUGGACAACAGGUACCAACAAAAGGGCCAGCUCUCCAGGAUUGCUCUGCUCUACAUUCCCUGGCUGGGAGUGGUGAUGGACAACAUCCAUCGCAUCGAUGACCUGUCCGAGUCGGGGGCCUGCACUCCCAAUGGCCAUGUCUAUGCGGAUUCUGCGUCGUACACCAAGAGACUGAGCUGCUCGAGCAGCUAUGUGUUCAGCAAGGAUUCCUCCACAUUCGGUUCCCUGACCUCCACGCCGAGGUCCAAGAAUCGCCUAACACUGCACUGUGAUCAGCCGAGUCCCUACCGCACCUCGGUGCACAUGAAGGAGCACAACUACCUGGCGGCCAUCGCCGGACAGCCGAUCAGUAAUGGCAUCUCCAAUCUGUCCCUUAACUCCAACACGGAUUCGGGGCACUCGCAGGACACCACUACCAUUGGCAACUAUACCAACGGAGACGCUGAUGUGGCUCUGCGAAACGGACACAAUCGUUCGGUUAGCGUCACCCACGCCCAGAUCCUGGCCCGCUGUGACAAGUUUAGCUCCGCGGAGAGCAAGGACCUCCUGCUGGGCUUCCUGUUCAUCAUCAAGCACCUCUCCCAGGAUCAGAUGGUGGGCUGGUGGCAGAACUGCAACGAAUCGGAGACCCUGCAGUUCCUCUCCAUUCUGGACCUGUGUCUCUUGCAGUUCCGGUACGUGGGCAAGAAGAACGUGGUAUUCACGCAGGAUUCCAAGUCGGGACGCUCCGCCAAGGCCAAUACUCUUCCGGCAAGGACACAACCACCCUUAGGGCUGGAAAAUGGCAGCCAGGAGAGUCAGCAGCCGAACAGCGGAACCCUGAACCAGACCCGGGAGCACCUGCUGGAGGAUAUGGACACUCUGGCCCGGACUCAGUUGGCUCUCUACGAAUCGAACUUGGCCACUGAGGUGGGCAUGAUCAUACUGGAUUGUCUGGGCAUGUAUGUCCUGCAAUUCAGGCAGCUCCUGGCCGACAGUCUGAUCCUGCCAAAGCUGGCGCGGAUUUAUCUGAGAUUCCUGCAGUUGGGCCAGUCGGAGAGGCUUUCCAAACACGUCUUUGCCGCCUUGCGGGCUUUCAUCAACAACUACGCCGUGGCCCUGUUCAAGGGCAAUGCCAUGUUGUGCGGCCAGAUGGUGUACGAACUCCUCAAAGCCUGCGACAGUCGCCUGGUGGAGAUCCGGCACGAGUCCUGUGCCGUUUUGUACCUCCUCAUGCGCAGCAACUUUGAGUUCAGUGGCCGCAAGGCACUGACGCGGGUUCACCUCCAGGUGAUAAUCUCGGUCUCCCAGAUGAUUGGCAACGUAAUCGGCCUGAACAAUGCCCGCUUCCAGGAGAGCCUGUCCAUCAUCAAUAGCUAUGCCAAUAGCGACAAGGCGAUGAAGGGCACUGGCUUCCCGAUGGAGGUGAAGGAUCUCACCCGAAGAGUGCGCACGGUUCUGAUGGCCACGGCCCAGAUGCAGGCCCAUCACAUGGACCCAGAGAGACUGCUGGAGCUGCAGCACUCCCUGGCCAAUUCCUAUGCCUCCACGCCGGAGCUGCGACACACCUGGCUGGUGACCAUGGCCAGGAAUCACGAACAGAAUGGAAAUCUCUCAGAGGCAGCCUGCUGCCAUCUCCACAUAGCUGCCCUGAUGUGCGAGUACCUGCGAUUGAAAGGCGGCUGCAGCCUCAGUUGGUCGUCCACAGCCUUUGGGAAAAUCUCCCGCAACAUACCGCUGGACGAGCAAGGUCUCAAGCUGGAUGCUGGUGCUCAGGACUCCCAGUACACGGAACAAAUGCUUCUGGAGCAGCUGAAGCAAUGCGCCGAUUUCCUGGAUCGUGCUGAAAGAUUUGAAUGUCUGGGAGAGCUCUAUAAGCUGAUACUCCCCAUGUAUGAGAGGGAUCGCAGCUUCGUGGACUUGGCUCACUGCUAUGAGCAUCUCACCCAGGCCUACAACAAAAUCGUCGAGGUUAAUCGUUCUGGCAAACGAAUGCUGGGCCGUUUCUACAGAGUGGUCUUCUAUGGAAUGAUGUACUUUGAGGAAGACCAUGCCAUCGAGUAUGUCUACAAGGAGCCCAAGCUCACAUCCCUCAGCGAGAUAUCCGAACGUUUGGCGAAACAAUACAAGGAGAAGUUUGGAGCCGAUGUGGUGAAGAUGAUUAUGGAUUCAUCUCCGGUCAAAGUGGAUGAACUGGAUGCUAAAUUGGCCUACAUUCAGGUCACCCAUGUCAUUCCUUUCUUCUCCAAGGACGAACUCGAUCAGCGACUCAAUGAAUUCGAACAAAACCAUGAUGUGGACACGUUUAUGUAUGAGACACCGUUCACCAAAUCGGGAGCAGCCCGUGGCACUGUGGAAGAGCAAUGGAAACGUAAAACAGUCAUCAAGACUCAAUAUUCGUUCCCUUAUGUUCUCAAACGCAUACCCGUGAAAUCCCGUGAAAUCAUCGAACUGAGUCCCAUCGAAGUGGCCAUCGAUGAGAUGCAAUCCAAGGUUUCAGAGCUGGAGGAGAUCAUUCUGCCGCCAGCCGAUGUGAAGAAGUUGCAGCUCCGUCUGCAAGGAAGUGUGGCUGUGACCGUAAAUGCAGGACCUUUGGCCUACGCCCAUGCCUUUCUGGAUGCCAAGGUGGUCAAUAAUUUUUCCAUUGAUCGCGUGGGUGAUUUAAAGGAUGUGUUCCGUGACUUCAUAGUGGUCUGUCAGAAGGCACUGUUUCUGAACGAGCGGAUCAUCAGCGCGGACCAAAAGGAAUAUCACCACGUCCUCAAGGAGAACUACGAGAAGCUGUGCCAGGCUCUCAGUGAGUUGCUCGAGGACGAGUCCUUCCAGCCGCUUGGCGAUGAUGCCGACAGCAUAAACCAGCGCAACAGCAUGGCUUUGUUCAAUGCAAUCAGUGGCGCCUCCCAUAACUCAAGACCGUAUUUUGUUGAUCAAAAUGCCAGCAACCACUCCCACCACCACCAUAACUUCAGCUCCCACAUAAACACACAGAACUCCUCGACACCACACCAUCCAUAACCGAUAACCGAACUAUACACACUCUGUGCUAAAUGACCAGUUCCAGUUCCGAAAUCGAAAUCAAUUGUUAAUUUCAUUGACUAAGCUUAGAGACCUAAGUUCAUCAAUUCCCCAUUAAUUGUUGUUAGAUUUUUAUGUUGGAAUACUUGAUUUCAGUAAUAUAUGGUACACAUUUGUGGCAGCAUGCCCGCGAUAGUUUUGUAAUUAGUUUAUAACCAUAUUUGACUAUCAUUUGCCAGACUACCAGAAUAAUAUUGUGAAACCUCGAUUUGAUUUCAUGUCAGUAGGCUAUAGAGUGCAACCUGAACCAGUUACUUUAUUAGAUCAAAUCUGCUAACUUUGUGUCUUCUCCGUAAUGGCUCCAAAUGGCUAAUGAAUUGUUUGAUAAUUUAAUUAUUCCUAUUGUAAUAUUAACAAACUAGCGAAAUAAGUUCCAACAAGCAACAGAACUUACCAAAGUAUUCGGAUAAUGGAAAUAACUAUAUAAUACAUAUACAUACAUAUAUUUAAAUAUAUAUUUACAUACGUGCAUUUUCUAGUGAAAUCGUAUAAUGAGCUAAAUAAAUAU